AUGAUUGGUUCUGACUUAUUCGUGUGGAAUCAGGCGCAUUACCUCAUUGUGGUAGACUACUAUAGCUCAUUCCCAAUUGUGAGGAAGCUAUCAACCGUAACAUCAGCAGGUGUGAUUCAAAGCUUGAGAGGAAUCCUAGCAGAGUAUGGAAUCCCAGAGACAAUCAUAUCUGACAAUAGGCCGCAGUAUAGCAGCAGUGAAUUUGCGAAAUUCGCAGAAGAGUACGGGUUCAAGCAUGUAACCAGCAGCCCAAAUUAUCCUCAGGCGAAUGGAAAGGCGGAAAGAUAUGUUGGUGUUAUAAAGAAGAAGCUAGAAAAAGCUCGAGAAUCUGGACAGAAUCCCGCGCUAGCAUUGCUGUGUAUUCGUACUACGCCACUGAGUGCGAGAUUACCAUCACCAGCCGAGCUGUUAUUCAACCGGAAGAUACAGUCGAACUUUCUUAUGGUUAACAUGACUGCGAAUGACGAAGAAGUACAGGAAGGAAUGAGAGACAAGCAAGAUAGAUCACAGGCUCGGUAUGAUGCUCAUACAAAACCGUUACCUGAACUACAAGCUGGACAAAGCGCUAGGAUACAGCACCCAGUGACAAAGAGAUGGGAACCUGCUAGAAACGAGUGCACAGAACUACCUCGUUCGUAUGUUGUCGAAGCUGAGACGGGUGCACGGUAUAGACGGGACAGGAAACAGAUUAGACAGACAGGCGAAAAUUUCAAUUUUGAGCGGGAACUAGAAACUGACGGACAUAACAAGAUAGAGACACCUGUUAGUGUUACCAGUGUACCACACGCUACACUUAACAGCUCAAAUAGUGACAACACGUAUGUCACGAGAUCAGGUCGAGCGGCUAAGGCACAAGUGAGGUUAAAUUUGUAA